CACGUGAUCGAACCCAAAAGAAUACUUCAAUUGGUAACCUGCAAUAAUAGCAUUGGAGCAAUGCAUUUACUUCACUAUACAAAACUUGGUCAAGCAUCAAAAUUUGCGUCGGAAAUGUUAUUAAGAAUGUCUACACUCAGGAAGGAUCCGCCAAUUUUAACACUGUUUACCAAGGAUGCGUGCAUACUUUGUGAAGAAGCCAAGGAGGCAUUGAUCCCUUAUAAGCAUAGGUUCACCCUACAGGAGGUAGACAUUACUCUUCCAGAAAAUUCCAUCUGGUUCGAGAGGUACAAGUAUGAUAUUCCAGUUUUUCAUCUGAACGGGCAAUUUCUGAUGAUGCACCAGGUUAACUUUAAAAUCCUCGAGAAAAGGCUGGCUAAACUGGAACAGGAAUUGAACCAAAGGACUUGAGGUUAUGAAGUGCAGCUUGAAACAAGAAAAUGUAUCCGCUUCUCCAUUGGUAUUAAGACCAAGUUCUUUUAAACAGUAGCUGGUUGAAAUGCGAAUACUUUAUAGUUAUUUUGUUUCAAAUACUACUGGUAAAAAUAAAUAAC